CUCUAACAAGGAAGACAUUGUCCCGCCCAGGCAGGAAAUGGGUGCGUUUGUUUGCAUGUUUGAGUCAAAGUCUUCGUUGCACUGAAACCAAAGGCAUCUCAGGGGGAAAUCUGUUAGCUGAAAAAGUUGUCAAGUAAAUUAUUCUUGGGUUCUCUAAAAGGGGAAGACAAUGUUUUGCACCCUGCUGGUUUUAGGGGCGCUGGUCGGAGCUGCCUACAUAUACCAUCAUAUUAUUGUGAAAGGAAAGCAGUGCACAAGCCAAGUCAAGCUGCAUGGAAAGACUGUCAUUGUGACAGGCAGCAACACGGGCAUUGGAAAGACGACAGCGAUAGACUUGGCGAAAAGAGGAGCCAGGGUCAUUCUGGCAUGUCGCAGCCAACAGAGAGGAGAAGCCGCACUCAAAGAAAUAAAGAGCGAGAGUGGCAGCAACCAGGUUGUGUUCAUGCAGUUGGAUCUGGGGAGUCUGAAAUCUGUUCGUAGCUUUGCUGAAACCUUCUUGAGAAGCGAACCCAGACUAGACAUUCUCAUCAAUAAUGCAGGUGUUUACCUGCAGGGCCGGACAACAGACGGUUUAGGGAUGAUGUUUGGUGUCAAUCACAUCGGACACUUCCUAUUGACCAACCUUUUGCUGGACCGUCUGAAGGAGUGUGAACCAAGCCGGGUGGUCAUUGUGUCGUCCCUGGCGCAUAACUUUGGAAAAAUCGACUUUGACUGCCUCAACAAACACAAAGCUCUGGGCCUCGGGACUUCACCCACAGAGGUUUUCCAAGUCUACUCUGAUAGCAAGCUGUGCAAUGUCCUCUUCACACACGAGCUGGCCAAGAGACUACAAGGAACCAAAGUCACUUGUUACACCCUCCAUCCAGGAGCUAUCAACUCUGAGUUGGCUAGGAACACUAACACAUUGCUGCAAAUCCUGCUGAAGCCCAUGACUGCCUACUUCUUCAAAAACACCGUCCAGGGAUCCCAGACCACCCUUCACUGUGCUCUGGAGGAGGGGAUCGAACCUCUCAGUGGACGUUAUUUCUCCAACUGCACAGUGCGAGAAGUCUAUGCCAAAGCCAAGGAUGAUGCUGCAGCUAAGAAGCUGUGGGAAAUCAGCGAGAGAAUGUGUGAUCUGGCAUAAAAUCAUUCACAACUGAUUUGAUUCCGCACAUUUAGUUGAUCUUGUUUUCUACUAAAAUGUCAAUUAUUGGAAAGUGUUCUCCUGGAGGUUCAUUGGCAUGUUGCCAUUUGCAGUCACUGCUUGUCACACGCACGCACACACACACACACACACACACACACACACACACACACACAUUUAUUACAAACAACAC